GCGCGUCGCGUUCGGGAACCGCUCCGCUCGAAAGAGAAUACGAAAUACAAACUCUUCACAUUAUAACUUUUUAAUUUUCGAACGUUCAGUUAUUUCUUUUUUUUCACAUUCCAAACUUAAAAAGUAAGAAUGUGGCAUUGUACAUGGAUAUAAAGAGUUGGAUAUAAAGUUAGUUGUUUUAGAAGUUAUUUAUUAUUUUGUAAAAUGAGUGUCGAGUUCAUUAAUUUAUUCAAGACGGAAAUUGAAAAUGAACGAAAUCAAAAAGAAAACAAAGACUGGAUGAGAGGAAGCCGAACGCUGCAGCUGGUUGCAAAACGUUACAGAUCCAGAAGGGGACGAGCGAAAAGACAGAUAGAUACAUCUACUGAUGCGAAAUCCACAGAAGCAAUAACUCGUCAAACACCUUCACCAUCGAGAAUAUCUGCUGAAUGGAGUGGUGCGACCGGCGGUCCCCCAGCGGAGGUGAUCCUCCGUCUCCAUCCAACUCCCGUCACUCCGUACCCAGUGCAGAGCCGUGGGAACAUGUCAAUUACUGAAAUAGAUGGAAGUGCAAUAGUAGUACGAGCAGAAGAAGCAUUGAUAGUAGCAUUCGUGCUACUCCUGUGGGUAGCGGCAAUCGCUCUAUUUUUCAACCGCUGGGGCAAGAUCAGGUGCGUCUAUAAGCUAAUGUUAGAACCAUAUCAACCAAAAUUCCAACAACAGCAUCGUCAGAGUUGCGUGCUCGCUGAGACAGUCUCCGUGCCACCCCUUGUAAGAAAAAUCAGACAUCGAGCGUCACUCUCAAGGGGGUGCGUGUCAUAUGACUGUGGGGGCACAUUCUCUGCGUACCAACCGUGUGGAUACCUUUCUCAUAGACCACGACAAAACUCAGUAUUCGUAGGUAGUAUGGGUGGUAUGGCCUUAAUACCGGAGAGUCCCCCGCGGCGCUCGCGCUCCGCCGCCGACCUCCCCGCGCUCACUCCCUCCGACCACGUCCCCACCACCUCUAGGUCCUCUAGAGCUGCCAGUCUCCACACUGUAGACCUUAGAGUAUGUGCGCCUUCACCACGCGCGUCUAGAGCUGCAAGUCUACAUUCCGCUGUCGAUGUUCCCUCCAUACAAGUACAUGUUAGGGGUUCAGGAACUAAUAUAAAUAGGCCUAGAAGUCCGAGACGGUUGACUAUUACUAACGUGUAAGGAUAAGUGUUUAUCGUGAUGGACCAAUGCUUUGUUUUUCCUUUAUGUGUCUAUCUUGAAUUUAACGCGUCGCUGUUUUGUCUCUUUCACACUUUAAC